AUGCUUGACUUGCACUCUGAAUCAGGGCAUCAAGACCCAGACAACAAUAAGUCAGACCAGUCACAAUCAGCUGGCUCAGUUACAGAGGGAGGUUUUGAAAGAUUCACCUCUUUCUUCAAAGGUAUAUCAGGUGUCAACAGGGAGGAUGAAGAGGCGAAGGAGAAUAAUGAAUCACCAGAACACAGCAAAGCUAAUGAAGUAAAAAACAUAGUUAUUCUAGGAAAGAACUUUAACACGCAAAACGGUGCCAGCGAGUACAUGCGAUCCUUAUUAUGGUUUUCCUACAGAUGUGGUUUCAUUCCAAUUCCCAAGGCGUCCGACGGACCACAACCUGUCACGUUUUUUCCUUCUAUAUUGUUCAGCAAGCUGACACUAACCAAUGUUGGCAACCUAAGAAGCUUGUUGGAUAACGACAAUUUCUCAAGUGAUGCUGGUUGGGGUUGUAUGAUACGAACUUCACAGAAUUUGCUAGCAAAUGCAUUACUCAAAUUAUCAGGCAAACUAGAUGAGAGUACGCAGUUGGAGAUUCUCCAAUUAUUUCAAGAUGACCCUAGCUCCGCAUUUUCCAUCCAUAAUUUUAUACGGGUUGCUAGCAGUCUGUCAUUGCUGAUAAAGCCAGGCCAGUGGUUUGGUCCAAAUGCUGCUUCACUAUCGAUAAAGGAGCUUGCGUUAGAAGUAAAAGAUCGGAACUUGUCACACCAAGUGCCUUGCGUUUACAUUAGUGAAAAUGCCGAUCUAUACGACGAUGGGGUUGAGGAAUUAUUCAAUAAGGCGCUCACUCCACUUUUAUUAUUGUUUCCAGUUCGGUUAGGUAUUGAUCAAGUAAACAAAUAUUAUUACCAUAGUAUCCUACAACUACUAGCGUCAAAGUUCUCGGUAGGGAUUGCUGGAGGAAAGCCGUCUUCGAGCUUUUAUUUCAUAGGUUACGAAAACGAACAAGAUUUAAUUUAUUUUGAUCCACACUUGCCACAAGUUGCUGAAUCGCCAAUUAACCUUUCUAGCUACCAUACAGUAAACUACAGCAAACUCAAUGUUGGCCAAUUGGACCCAUCUAUGAUGAUUGGGAUACUCCUUGGCACUAUGAAUGACUAUAUAGAAUUCAAACUGGAAUGUACUGAAAACAAAAUCAUUCAUUUCCACCCAUUGAUUACCACCUCGCAUCAGGACUCAACACUAAAUCAAUCGUGGCAAGAGGUUCAAGAAGAUGACGAUUUUGUCAACUUAACUGUUCCUAAAAGCGAAGAAGAAUUUGUUGUUUUAGAUGAAUAG